AUGGUAGAACCUCAGCGCCUUUUCUUCUACGAGGCAGUUUUGCAACAGCUACUAGAUGAUGGGUUAAAUGAAGCCGUUGAAGCAAUAAAAAGUAAAUAUCAUAUAAAGCCUAAUUCGCUGCUGAGGAAGGAUCACUUAUAUGAUAUUUUUAACAACUAUGGAUAUUUGUCAUCAAGAUUGGCACUGGAUUCCAGUGUGAAUGGCAUAAAUGAAGUUUUAAAGAGCGGAACGGAUAAGGUUGCAGAGCUCCUAUCCUACACAAAUUUCCCAGUGGAAGUAGAGCCGGAUUUGGAAGAGCUAUCAUACAGAGUGACUUCUGACAUUCAAACCCCUAAGCCGUCGCGAUGUGUCGCACAGUCGAGAGACGGGUUGCUGGUGGCAGUCGGAGGCGUUUCGGGUUCAUUGGCAGUUGUGCCAUUUUUAAACGUAUUAAAUAAGAGGGAGAAGAGAAUACCCAAUAGACUGUCGACUAACCAGUUGAGCGGCCACGAGGAGCAGGUGGAUGCACUUGACUUUCACCCGAGGAGGCAUAUUUUGGCAUCGGCUGGAAUAGGGAAUUCGAUAAUUUUCCAUGAUAUAAACGCUGCAAACGGGUUCAUAUACGCAACAACAGAAAUGAAGAAAAUAAAUGACAUGUUCGCGGUGAGGUGCAUCAAGUUCCACCCCUGCGGAGAUUUCCUGUUUGCCGGAACGUCGAACUCAGUGGCGAGGCUGUACGACGUGGUCACUUCAAAGUGUUACACUUCAGCAAAGACGACACACCAGCACAAGGGAGGUGGAAUCAACGGAUGCGACUUUAACCUACUCGGAACUAUGUUGUUCACAGCGGGAAGUGACGGAUCACUCCUGAUCUGGGAUGCCAAAAACCUGGAGUGCGUGCACGUUAUGGAUAGCGUGCACAAUGAUCUGCCAGCAAUAUCAGUCAAGUGCCACAGGAACAAUAACUACAUGCUGUCAAGCGGAUUGAAUGGGAUAACGAAGUUGUAUGACCUGAGAAUGCUGAAGGAGAUUACAAGUUAUGGGUGUGAAAGGAAUAACUCAAUCAGGACGUUCUCAACGUUCCUUAACAACUACGACUAUUUUGCAACAUUUUCAGUGCUGACAGAAAGUAAUUUGAGUUAUUCUGAGGGCCGAGUGUACUCGAUUAACAAUUCGUCAAUGGAGUUGGAUAUAUCGAGCUCAUUUGGAAGAACAACCAUCUGGGAUGCAACGCCUUCAAAUGAUGAGUUGGCUAUCAUCUCCGCGUCAGAGGAAUCGAAGUAG